AGAGGGGAUUAGUGUAGUGGAUGAUGGCAUUUGAUUUGAUACCACCCGCUUUCACUUGCCUUUGCUAAUCAGCCAUGGCACCACUAAAGUAAGCAGGUCCCAGGAAACGAUGAUUCGAUGGGAACGAAUAAAUUAGAGCAGCACGCAAGCCUGUAGCAACUAGCAGCAAGGGGGGUUCAUUUAUUUACAUAUAUAGCCCUGCUUCUGGCCUCUUCCCUCGGCUCUGUUAUUGGUUCUUGCGAGGGGCGGAGAAACGAAAGCAGGGAGCAAAGAGGAGAUCAGUCCUUCAAUCAGAGAGAUAGGAGGACAAACAAGGGCGUGAUGGCGUCAAAGAGGAUACAGAAGGAGCUCAAGGAUCUGCAGAAGGAUCCCCCUACCUCGUGCAGUGCAGGUCCUGUGGGUGAAGAUAUGUUCCAUUGGCAGGCAACAAUAAUGGGUCCUUCUGACAGCCCAUAUGCUGGUGGAGUUUUCCUUGUUACUAUCCACUUCCCUCCUGAUUAUCCUUUCAAACCACCAAAGGUGGCAUUCCGUACCAAGGUAUUCCAUCCAAAUGUCAAUAGCAACGGGAGCAUUUGCCUUGACAUCUUGAAGGACCAAUGGAGCCCUGCGCUAACUAUUUCCAAGGUGUUGCUAUCCAUCUGCUCCCUGCUGACUGACCCCAACCCUGACGAUCCUCUGGUUCCUGAGAUCGCCCACAUGUACAAGACGGACCGGCACAAGUAUGAAAGUACCGCGAGGACCUGGACUCAAAGGUAUGCCAUGUAAGAUAGGCGGAUCACCGGAGUCCGUUGUUGUAACAGUGUCAGUAUUAACAGACAGUGUCUCGACUCUGCGCGUGUGUGUGUGUGUGUGUGUGGCUGUGUGGUGUAUUUCGAUCAAAUCACUUCUGUGGUGCUCUGUGGACUGGUGUUGCUGAAUCAAUUGUGUCACUUGGCGCAAUGGCUUUGAACGUCAAACCCGGCGCUGGAUAUUUUUGGAUUCAGAUAAUAUUGCUGUGUUUGCAACGUAGUGGUUCCUUGAACCUUUGUUAGAAACUUUUCAUAAU